AUGCCGCGUUACGACAAGAUGGUGGUGGAGGUGCGCGGGGAGCAGCGGCGGCGGAGGGGGAGGGGGAGGCGCGCGCGCGGCGGGGAUGCGGAGCGGAGGGGGCGCGCGGACCAGGGUACGCGGGAAGAGGGAGAAGAGGGGGGAACGGAUAGAACAAUGAGAGAAAAUGAAGAGGAUGGAGAGGCGCGAGCGGGGGACGUAGGAGAGGCGGACAGAGAACGAGGCGGCAGGGAGGAGGAGGACGACAACGAAGAGGAGGGGGAAGCGGAAGAGGAAGAAGAAGAGGAGGAUGAGGAGGCGGCAGUGGGGUCGAUAUUCCACGGGCUGUUGGGCAGCUACAGCUUCUACGACCACUGGGUGAGCACGCGCCUGCUGCCGCUGCGCCGCAUCGUGGCCGGCACACUGCAGAUCCGCACGCGCGUGGCCGCCACACGCCGCACCACUGCGCUGCUCGCACACGCCCGGGGCGGGCGCGGAGCAGGGGGAAGGGGCGGGGCAGCGGGGGGAGCGGGAGGAGCCGGAGGGGGAGCGGGAGGAGCGGGGUUUGGAGGGAAUGAGUGGCCGCAAACGCAGAUUCUUAUCGGUGCGUCGUUCAACUACUCGAAGCUGUUCUUCCUGGAUUGUAUCACGGGCAUGGUGUCCGUGGGGGGCAGCGAUGUGCUGCACGCCUGCACGUUCCUCCCCUGCGUGCCGCCCUCCCACCCGCGCACCUGCCCGAAUCCUCUGGCUUCAGAGGUUCCCCUCGCAGUAGCAGACGCGGUGCAGCAAGCGCCGUCUCCUGCAUUGCAGGCAGGCGAAGGAGGUGAUGGAGCGUCAGCUACUGACGCAUCAUCUGAGGCACCAUCAAGAGUUCCAGGCAGCAGCGACAGCAACGGCAGUGGCAGCAGCAGCAGCAGGGAUGGCAUGGUGAUGUGGCUGGAGGAAUACGCAUGGAGGCUGGCUAACGGGUGGUACAGGGUACGCACAGUGGUAGAUGACAUCCCAGCUAGAGGCAUCUGCCUGUUCCCCGAGCAGACUCCUCUGUGCUCCAUGGCUGUCACCAGAGGGGUGUGUGUGCGCGCCUCUGCUCUCUUCGUGCCGGAAGUGGCGCCGCUGGUGCUGCCACGGCCGUCUGCUGCAUUUGAUUCCGCCUCUGCUGCUGCUGUUCCUGCUGCUGCUGCUGCUGCUGCUGCUGCUGCUGCUGCUGCUGCUGCUGCUGAUGGUGGUGUUCCUGCUGGUGACGCUUCUUCUGGUGGGGGGGAUGAGGAGGCAGAGGCUGCGGCCGCCUCUACUGCUGCCUCACACUCAUCAGCAUGGGCUGCUCACGCUAUGAGCAUUGACCACAGCACCGGCCAAUCAGAGGGCUCUGCCGGUGACAUGUCAGCGUGCCAGCUGCGCUCGCGCCAUUGGGUGAUCAAGGAGGAAGGGGAGGUGGUGGCGGAGGUGAGGGGGGAUGCAGUGGUGGGCGAGUAUCCCAUUUUGAGGCGCGGAGGCAGUGAGUUUGUGUAUCAGAGCUGUUCCCAAAUGACUGGGCAGUGGGGAACUAUAGAAGGGGAUUUUACGUUUGUCCCCGGGGGGCUAAUGAGGCCGACCGGAGCGGAUUUUGAUGCAGCAGUUGCGCCGUUCCCCCUGCAAGUGCCCGACUUCGUUUUUUGA